AUGUCGCAAUUACUGGCGGCCAGGAUCUCGCUUCCCGUACACGGGCAAGAGAAUGCGCGACAUACGGUUAGGGCCCAAUUGGCCGCGAAGAAGUGCAUGAUCACAACACUUGACGUCCCACACCACCACUUGACUUCCUCACGUCGAUUGAGAAGGCUUCUGGAGAUCUCCAAGCAAGAAGAGGAGGAGGGGACCGGAAGUGGUCGAUGGAUCCUUGGGUUUUUAUUGCCGACGACAUUCUGA